CACCCCAGAGAGCUGCUGGACUGGCAUGAAAGUGGGCAGAUGGGGAUGUUCUUCGUGGCUCUGAUCAUGGCAGGCCUGAACGCUCAGUGGUUUGGCCCAGCAGCCACAGAGGUAAUGUUUCAGUUGAGGGCGGUGGAAGAGGAGCACGGCCUGGGGAACCAGAUCGGCUUGGGCAGCCAGAGAGAGGAAUACGCUAAGCUGAAGGAGAAGGACCCAAAGUACAGAGCCUCCAAGAAAACGUUUGGACUUUACCACGGCCUGUCCAACCUCUGUAACCUGAUAGGCUUCAUCUGCAUCACAACCAAUCUGAUCUACACAGCUCUGAAACUUUCCACCAUCUAAUGAGGAGGAAAAUACAGGAGAUACAGACAUUAAUGCUGCACCUUGAAAAAGGAUCUACAGACUGAAACUCUUCCACAUUUUGUUUUUGCAUAACCACAAACCUCAAGGUAUUUAUUGGGAUUUUAAACAACAAAUCAACUCAAAGUGGUGAAUACUGGAGAAGGAAAAUGUUAUGGCAGACAUGCAAACCUAUCAAAACAUGGCCGUCCACCUAAACUGAGAGGCUAGAAAACUAUUAAAGUAGUCUUUAACGAAUGUUACCUGCAUCUGUUAGAUGGGUAACAGGUCAAAGGUCGAGUCUCCUCCUGAAUGUUCCAGCUUCUACAGUUCGGUUUUAUGGCCCCUAUUUGAUUAAAGCUGGUGACAGAGGCCACCAGAUAGUCAGGAAAAGUCUCCAUUGGUCUGUGCUAGUUAGUGCUAUGAGAUAGAACGACGAUUCAGCCUAAAAACUGAGUAGUGUGAGAGAAAGUGAGGACCAGGAUGUUAAAAAUGCUCUGCUGAAUCUAAAUGCAGUCUGGCAAUAUGGACUGAUCACAGACCAACAUAAGGAAGCUGCUACCAGCAGCUAAAAGCCUUAUUUAGAGUCUCAACACAGUGCAUAUGUAAAAAAAACCGGAGGCAUAAUAGAAAUGUCAGCUAACUCAUUUAAAAAAG